UGUACUACAAACCUUUUCCCAAAUUAGGUUCUACUCAACAUUCCCGUGAUAGCUUAGUAGGUAACAUACUUGUACCUUAAUCUUAGGGACACGUUGUAGUCUAGAUUUGAAUAGACAGACUUUUUUGGUGUUGAGAGCCAGUGAUCUACCUGAUGGAAUGCUCAACGGCAAUACCGGACGUAAAACUUGAAACACAGAAGUUUUAGUAUCGUACUGACUCACGCAAAAAGCCACAUUUUUUAAAAGUUAAAAGUCGGGCGAAUCGCACCCGGUGUCACCCCAAAAAAAACAGUAAGCCAAUAAUCCAUCUGUACCUCGUGGUCAUGAAAAUUUUUUUUACCACACACCGUACUUUUAGAAUCAAAUUACUCUUGGCCCGUUGUGCUCCACUAAUAAAGAGGGAUGCACUUAUCUAGCUGAGGUGCCGCUAGCGAAGAUCUCUUAGGCCCCAUCUGACGGCCCUGGCUAUAGAUACAUCGGAUGCGCCUCUCCCAACCAAAACAGCCCGUGAAAAACGCCUAAUCGCCUGCUGCAGUGUCAUGAAGUAUAUUCCGUGCAAAGAACUUUAAUAUUUUUAGUUUAUUCGUGCUAUACCUUAUAUUUGACUCGUAAGAAGUGAUAAUUAUUAGAUCUACAGGCCUACAUACUUAAUAAUCAGAUGAUGGAGACUUACUGUCAAAUAUCAAAUAGCCUUUACUCUUGUGUUUGGUCCAGAAUAUACUAAGCAAACCUCUUGGAUUAACAACUGACUUGAUAUCCAUGGAUUAUAAUGUGAUUUUAUAUUACGGAUGAAGGUGUCUUGGUCAUUUGUCAAGCGGGAUACAACGAAAUGACCAGGAAUAUAUCAAGCAGAUGUUCCCAAGAAAGUGUCGUCACUCGUAUUGAUUACAGGCAGACAGCGGCUGUUUUUUAAUCAAAGUAUAUCUGAUAUGUUUAGAGGUGGUUUUACCACAUUGGGAAAUAAAUAAAUUGAAGUGUAACAUCAACUUAUACACGGAAGUUCACUGUGCUGUGAUGGCAUGGCGAUGGAGGGUACGGUGAGCGAGGAUUUUCUCGCGGACUGUGAAGUUCUUCGCAACCCCGUCGCAGAAUCAUCCAGGCUUGAAGAGUCUCUACUCGAGGAGGGCCGUAGUAGAUUCGAGUCGUCAGGUGAUCCGCAGCACAAUAACAAUAAAGACGAGGUGGGCCAAAAUUUGGGUUCCCACAAUGAAUCAAGAGAUACUAACAGUGACCACACAUCACGCGAUCACACAAAUGAGCAGGAAGAUCCAAAGAAAGAUGAACAGACCGAAGUUCAGGAAUUGGCUCAGCUGAGCGCUGAAGAGCUUAUGGAAAAGCUGGAUCACUUGAAAACGAUAGCCUACUCACUUGGGCAAAGUGAGGCUCACGAAAUGACUCGUGGCAGGCUACUAGACGUAUUUGGAAUGAGCAAAUCUCGCCGCUGAAGGGGACCAGACGUCUGCUACAACCUACGAGCAAAUCGACACAACACCCACGAUCUACCAACAAAUGGCUAGCGGCAAUUGUCUUCCAUAAUUACAAAAUCUUAUAAGGAAUGUCUCCAUUAAAACUGUUGUUGAGUCCAGGUCUUGGUCUUUUAGCUUCUAUCACGUUGAAAUAUGUAACGGUAAUGCUCAUUCAUUUGCGUACUAUACGUGGUAGUUUCGUUUGUAGACCCAUCCACAUAAACA